AUGUCGUCAGUUCAGUUCACAGCUCUGAUACGUCUCCCGUUCAUCCGGGGUGAGUUUGAAGAUCCUCCGCAGGCACAAUGGGAUGCUGAGAGAGACCGUCAACUAUGGAAGGUUAUUUCCAAGUCUUCCAAGACUAGCGACUUGAACUGGGUUGAGUUAGCGGACAAGUUUCAAGUCCCACCAACCUUUCUUCUUCAACAGGCCGCAUGGCUAUAUGAGCGACACCUAGAUCAUGUUCGUAACCAAAUGAAGAAAGUCAGCAUCUCGAAUGCUGCCCCGUCAUCUUCGCCAACUGGUGGUAGUACGCUUACUGCUGUGGGUGGCGUUGCGAUGCGAAGGGGUGGAAGUGCCGGAUCUGGAGCUGGGAGGACUACAUCCGCGUUAGCAGGACGCUCAAAGGACAGUCCGAGUCUGCGUGGCGCAGAGGUAGUGAUACCCGCACCUUCGCUCUCGAGGACACCGUCUACCACCACUAUCACUCAAUCCCGAGCACUCACUCAAGCACCAGCUCGAACAUUGUCUACACGCUCCACUCAGCGACCUAACUUGACAAGUAGAAGGUCUGAAGACCGGGCAAAUGCACCAAUCUCACCACCCAGUUAUCGAAAUCACGAAGCAGCGUCUCCAGACAUUCCCGAUUCGUCGUCCUCGAGCUCAUCAUCGCUAUCAGAUACUGACCAUCCAGCUCAUCGAAGCCAACUCUUCAAGCGCCCGCCGCGUUUCCAGCAGAAGAAACCGCGAGAGCUUUCGACGUUUGAGGAAGGAGACGGAACGCAAGAGAUUGACGAUUCAGGCUCACACGAGACAAGUCUACCUUUUGCAACUUCAGUCAAGACCAGACCAAGCAAUAGCAAGUACGCGCAAGACUCACGCUUCCGAGCUAGUAGCAGCAAGGAGCAAAAGGUUCUGCAACCUGCCCGCGCAAGGAAUGCUCCGCCUGUCAGACAAACGUCUAUGGAUGUACAAUCGAUCGCGACCACUGAGACCGCGUCGUCAAUGACUAGCUCUGGCGGACCUCCUUCGGCCGCAAAGAGCCCUAUGAGCCCUGCCUCGGAUCACCGCGCCGCGCUAGGCCGACUCGGUAGUCCACGACGCGGAGGACUGCGAUCCAGAAAGGAAGGUAGUGAAGGCACGCCGAGUAUGGGCAGCAGCUUCAGCGACAUUGAUGAUGCAGGUAUCAGUCAGUCAGCGCUGGAAGAAGCGCUCUUGAGCAACAUGCAGCAUGGGAGGAUGAGUACGCUUAGUCGCAUGUCGAAGUGCUCUUAUUCUCACAUAGGUCUAGUUGCCGACGCGAUGGCUUCUCGCUCGUUAAAGCCCGUCGCAAUGCCGCCGCCACCCAUCAUCCUAGUGACAGACCACUCCACAACACCCGCAAUAGCCACACGCUACACAUUCGGCCGCAACGACAUCGACUUCUCCAUCGCCUACAGGCGCAUCAAAUCCCUUCUCACCUACCCACCAUGCCCGCACCGCCCCCAGUACCUCUGGCCCUGCGACCCUUGCGAGUCCGCCUUCACCGCAAAGUACUGGACAUGCGCCGCCACGCUCCUCGACUAUUUCGCCGACUUCCACCCCAUCGACACGCCCCUCAUGCAAUCAAUCUGGUUCUACCUGCUGGAUAUCUGGCAAGAAACUGCGCAUAUCCUUCCCUACGAAACCGUGCUUGAUGAGACCAUCGAACACAGCGCUGCACUCAUCGGCGUGGCGCGCGCCCGAGACUUUGAGAAAGCAGUCCGCGACACCAUCACUUUGUUCGAAGUCACGAUUUGGGGUCGGAGAACAGAGGCGGAUUCGUGGGACCAGGUUAUCUAUGAUCCGAGAGGUGAGGCUAUGUGUCCGGUAGGUGAAUACGACACGGGUCCUUGGGCUAGUGGUGUGAAGCCCUGGAAUCAGUUUUUGGGGGAGGGAGGAAUGGGUGUUGCGGCGCCGUGGUCUGCUGCUGCUUCGACUCCAACUUCACAAGAACCUGGAAACGGAGAUGGAGACGCAGAAGGAGGACAAGAGAGAAGCACAACACGCUACAUCCCCCACCCCGCCAUCGCCCUCAUCGAAGGCCACACCGCGCGCUCCCGCCUCCUCGCCAAUUCCUUCUACGCCAAACAAAAGCUCACUCCGCCCCAAUACAACGCCGCCCUCGCAGAAUACGAAGCACACACCGUCGUCCUGCCUUCCAAGCGCGGCGAGCCCCACACGUACACUUCGCGCUUCACGGGCCGCGAAACUACAUACACGUUAUCCAACGGCGCGCCGCCGAUUAUGCGCUACGAGGGGCUCGGCGACCCGCAGUUGGAACUCGCGGUUCCGGAUGGAGAUUGGAAUCUGAUGGAUGAGUGUGUGGCUAGUUGUAGGGGGGUUACGGCGUAUGUGGGUGUUAGUGGCGGGGAUGAGGAUGAGGAGGAUGAGGAUAUGGUGGAUAGUGAGGAUGAGUUGGUGCCGUUUGAUUUGUGGACUCUGGUUGAGAAGGGAGGUGGGGGAGGAGGACGUGGCGAGGUGUUGGAUUUGGGAGGCACUGGGGGCAUGUUUGAGACUUGGUGGGAGGGGGAAUGA